CCUAGAAUGCUUCCAGCUCAAGCCUUGCAGAUUAGUGAAGAGAAAAACACAACGUUUAAGUAUGAGAAACCUUAACUGCACAUAAACUCACCUUUCAAUUAAGUGAAGAAAAGUUAAGAAGCAAGGAUCAAACACCCUCACACAAAUUUAUCCUUGAACUGUAAAAAUGAACACUUCAGGUUGAACAUACCAUGGUAAUGAAACUUCAAAGGCAACAACAAACACCCUCACAAAAUCCAAACUAUGUCAGCCGAGACUCGCCUUAGUAGCUUGUAAAUCUCAUGGUCGUCAAGGGCUGCCAGGAUUCAGGUGUUCUUUUCCACCAAAAUCCACAUAUGAUGUGCAUGUGUGCCCAACGACUUGUGCUCUAAUAACUACACACCGUUCCCUGUUGCAGCUCCUAGUAUGCUUCUUUGACUCAUCAUAAAGGAAAUGAAAUUGAGGGCUUCCAGUGAAUCUGAAGAGCCUAGACGUGGAUACAACUGAAAAUAGCAAAGCGUACAUUGUAACCUAGAAUGCUUCCAGCUCAAGCCUUGCAGAUUAGUGAAGAGAAAAACACAACGUUUAAGUAUGAGAAACCUUAACUGCACAUAAACUCACAUUUCAAUUAAGUGAAGAAAAGUUAAGAAGGAAGGAUCAAACACCCUCACACAAAUUUAUCCUUGAACUGUAAAAAUGAACACUUCAGGUUGAACAUACCGUGGUAAUGAAACUUCAGAGGCAACAACAAACACCCUCACAAAAUCCAAACUAUGUCAGCCGAGACUCGCCUUAGUAGCUUGUAAAUCUCAUGGUCGUCAAGGGCUGCCAGGAUUCAGGUGUUCUUUUCCACCAAAAUCCACAUAUGAUGUGCAUGUGUGCCCAACGACUUGUGCUCUAAUUACUACACACCGUUCCCUAUUGCAGCUCCUAGUCUGCUUCUUUGACUCACAUCCAUCCACUAGCGACCUACAAAACCUAGAAGCAUAGAAGCGAUUAAAAGGAAAUGAAAUUGAGGGCUUCCAGUGAAUUUGAAGAGCCGAGACGUGGAUACAACUGAAAAUAGCAAAGCGUACACUGUAACCUAGAAUGCUUCCUGCUCAAGCCUUGCAGAUUAGUGAAGAGAAAAACACAACGUUUAAAUAUGAGAAACCUUAACUGCACAGAAACUCACCUUUCAAUUAAGUGAAGAAAAGUUAAGAAGCAAGGAUCAAACACCCUCACACAAAUUUAUCCUUGAACUGUAAAAAUGAACACUUCAGGUUGAACAUACUGUGGUAAUGAAACUUCAGAGGCAACAACAAACACCCUCACAAAAUCCAAACUAUGUCAGCCGAGACUCGCCUUGGUAGCUUGUAAAUCUCAUGGUCGUCAAGGGCUGCCAGGAUUCAGGUGUUCUUUUCCACCAAAAUCCACAUACGAUGUGCAUGUGUGCCCAACGACUUGUGCUCUAAUAUCCUCAAUUUUUUUCCUUCGAAACCUGCAAACAAAUUUCGAGUAUACCAUAAACUAUCCCCUAGAGUAGAGAUACCACAAAGAAGCUAACGAAUAAAAGAAUACAGGUCAUGCAGCAGGAGGAUUCACAGUUCGACGGGCAACAUCUGUGCAAUCAACCCUGCUUCCUAUCUUGCUGCAAAAACACCUCAUAUCCAACCUCCUCCCUCGGCUUCUACUGUUGCCUCAGGUGAUGAGUAGACACUUUUUCUCGAUUGAAGGGUUCAUCUAUCUUCCUACAACUGGAAAAAGCGAGAAAAAAAUGUCAUUUAUAAACCAACAGUAUAAAAAAGAACAUAAUAAAGCAAGAGAAUGAGUCACCAAAUUGAAAUGUUCACCUUUCUCACUUUCGUCGCUUGCCUAGUCUCGUUAGGUCCUUGUUGUUGCUUCAACUCCCUCCCACCUUUCUCUUUCUCAUGCUACAGCCACAAGUUAUACAAAAACCGUCUUGAUAAUGAAACAACUAACUAUGAAGCUGAGCAAAAAAGCAUAAAAGAAAAUAAACUUACCUUUUCAAACUACCAAACUGAGCAACAACAUCCCACAUACUCUACUUUGACAAAUAUUGUUGUUUUGAUGAUCCAAUACAAUGUUCAGCAUCUAGUCAAUCUGUUAUGCAGAAUCGAUCAAAGAGAUGAGAAAUCAUAGUCUUAGGCCGUAGGAAAUUGCAGUAAUGAGGCUGAAUUAAAGCAUUAUAUACCAUAAUCGAAGCUUACAUCCUCGACUGCAAAACCAAAAUGGCCAAAUCCAGUCCCAAUCAUACCUGUAAAUGCCAUAAUAUGAAACUUGAGCCUCCUAUCACCACAUUGCUCUGUAAAUAGCGUAGCACAAAUUGAAUGGCCAACAAAAGUUGUGGGGUGCAUGAGAUAUUUUACCGUAGUCAUCUUCUCCAAGAACACCAAAGGAAACUACUUUAGCUCCAAAUGUAGCUGCCAUUCUAUAAAAUGCAGGUUGUUUUGGUCAAUGCAACUAAUACUCCCACCCUACAAAAUCAAAGCCAUUAAUAGGCUCACACCUCAUCCAUAUACUUAGUCGCCUUCCUCUUUCUCUCCAUCCCAGCACGCUAGAAUAGAAGCAUCCCGUCCUAUCUCUCCAGUUUGUCUUCUCGGCUGCUAGGUACCCUUCCCUGCCAUCUCACAGAUGCAGAUUGUUCUGGUCAAAUAAAUUUAAUCACCUUUCUUUACUUGGAAAUCCAAUCACCCAAAUGAAAUUUCGAACCCUGAACUAUAACCAGCAAAUUCCGAAAAACGAAGAUUAAACCAAGAAAAGAACAUAAAUUUAUGCAGAGAUGGGUGCCUGCUGCUCUCCCUCGCUUCCUCCCUCUCUCGGUCGGUUGGUGGUUUUGUGGGUAGAUGGAGGGCUCCACGUCAGAGAGUUCUGCUCUAUGCUUCUUCUUCAUCUGCUGGGCGCACAACCUCCUUCAUGACUGCCAUCAUAAGCAUUCCAUGGACAGUUUGCUCCUUUGGCUUCACUGCUGCUUUGAGGUAGGGCUACGCGGCGGCGUUUAAGUCCAGGGCAUAGCGAGUGGAGGCAGGGGAGGAGUAGAUUUUCUUGGCUUUGUCCAGGUGGCGGAGGUACACCACAACGAUGUUGAGUGUUGAUCCAUUAUGCUACCAUCGACGACGACUUGAGAUCUACCCGCCGUCACUUUCUGGUCAAAUGGAGCACCUUAGAUGCAAUCCCCAUAAAAAAAAAAGAUGCAGUCACCAUCGACGAUGGAUGAAGCGGAGAGCUGGGAGGCCAGCAUGCCUGACUUCUAGCAGUCAUUUUUAGGGAUGAAAAUUAUCUUGGUCGGAGGAAAAGGGUGAUGGCGAGAUUUUGUACAAAGCUAAUCUCGUCAUCGGAAUCGACCAGACCUAUCGAAUGGGAGAUUGGGUGUUGGGAAAGAGGAAUGACAGGGAGAGGUGGACGUUGGAGUGCUGAAUUGGGUCGCAUGUGAAGUGGGUUGAAGGAGUUGUACUAUUGAAAAGCACACGGGGAUGGCGAGAUUUGGGAAAGGGGUGGGAGGACAGAGUCCCUGAGUCGAAGGAGGAUCAAUUCGCGGGUGAAAGGACGGCACGACAGUGGAGAGAUGGAGGUGUUAAUAGAACAACAUAAAGAGGCUGUUUAACUUCUCCUUUCGCUAGACGACAAAUAGUGAAACAGUAAUAGAGAAGUUGGGCCAAUAAAGGGUACCCAGCUUUUAUAUUUUAAAGAAUUGUUUGGUGAAUACGUUACGCAUCCUGUGCUUUCCUUUUGUAUCAUGUUCUUUUAUCCCUUUUUGGUCACUGGUCAUGUUUGUAAAACAAUUGUGCAUCAGAGGUUGCUGAAAUGAUUGGUGGGAAACAUGAGCUAGAACCACAGGUUGAUGACUAUUCGUUUCAUACAGUUACAGAUUCGUGUUCCCUUCUGAAGAGAGUGGAUCAUCUUCCACGCUCUAUUACACUUCCAAUGCAGGAGGAGUCGAUUUAGUGAUGCUCAAUCCCUACACUGCUUUUGAUAAGUCAUGUAUAUUCUCCCUACAAUUAAACUCCUUUCCAAAUGCAGAGAUCACUUUAUUCCUGGUGGCUUUUGUAAUGAAGUUUCACUUUACUUCUCUUCUCUUCUUUCUUCUCUUUCUUUGUUGUUUUGCAGCUGACCAGUAUAAAUGGCUAGAAACAGAUUUGUACAGUGUCGACAGUGGGAGCUGGAGGGAGUCGUGAGAUGAUGGCCAUAAUACGUGCUGAUGAUCCUGGUUGCUGUCCAGAUCCAUCUCAUACCCCAGACACUGAUAUUGGUGGGUUCUGUGCCUUCGACUUAACUUCAGAGAGCAUUUCAGCUGGGAAGUUCUGCUGGGAUCAGCAGCCUGAGUAUAAUGCAUACAGAGAAACUAGCUUUGGUCAUGGGAUUCUAGAGGUGAAAAAUGAUACAUAUGCUCUGUGGAGAUGGCUCAGGAAUCUGGAGUUUGCUGAAUUUGCUGGCGACAAUGUUUUCAUAGUUAGAGAACCUGAAAGAGAUCUUCUUUCUUCCCAAAGGAAUUAAUUGAUGGACCCAAAAUUCCACCAUCUUAAAAAUACCAACAAAUAAUCUCACCACAUUCUUUAUCCUGAUCAUACAUAGGAGCUAGCUGUGCUUCUUUAUAUACUUGGAUGGGUGGAUAGUUUACCCUAAAAACACAAACUGUAAUAACCCAUCUCCCCAAAUUACAUGUGUGCAAGCAUUUAACACCUCAUCUAAACAAAACACAAAUUCCCCUACCUCCCCAAAUUAUAUGUGUAUGUAGAGAUUAAGUAAACAUGUGCUUAGUCUCCUACUUGACCCUCCACCUGGCCUUUUUUAUCAAGUAAGAAAGAACAACAAGGUUA